AUGCGGCAGUCAAGUAACAACAAAUUAGAGGUAUGGGACAAUGGAAAUAGUAGUAUAAGGGGACAGAAUAACAAUACGAACAAUACUAUGUUGAGUUUUAAUGAUGAUUAUGAAAGUGUGUUAAGUAAUUUGGCGAAUGGCAGCUCUCAGACAGGUGGAAGUAGGCUUGAGUCGAGCCAGAGCCAGAGUACAGUGGAGGUUAGUGAAGCUGAGGGGGGUGAGGGGGGUGUGCUAGUCUAUCAGGAAGGUAGUUGUGUAUCUGGGAAGAGUUUGGAUGAGAAGCAGAAAUUAGAGUUGUUGUUGCAGCAAUAUCAGGAUUUACCGGGGAAGGACGGGGUUAAUGGUGCUCAUUCUUCUGUGAGUCAAAGAGCUAGCGACGUGAACAAGGGAAUGAUGUCCAGUACAAAGCAGGCUGAACAGGAGCAUAAGUCUGCAAUUGCAUCGAAGCCCUGCGAUCAUUGCAGGCGGCGGCGGACAAAAUGUGUGAUUGUACCUGGAAUGGCAAACUGUGUACAAUGCGAGACGAAGGGUAUCAAGUGUGGUUUUUCGGAACUCAUCACGCCUAAGAUGCCCAAUGAUAUGAACCAAGAAGGCCAGAAAAAGCGAUCAACGGGAGAUGAGGCUAAUACUAAUGUUCAUGAACUGCUCAAAAGAGCUAAACUAAAUGAUAUGAUGAACCAAGACAAUAUCUCGCAAUUUUACACUGAUCUAUUGCAAAACCUCAAUACCAACGCUUCAGAUAUGCCUGGUAUGGCGCAAACGAACCAGAACCAUUUUGAUUUCCCUCUCUCUUCGGUUGGUCAGGGUAGUCAUAUGUCUAACGUGUCUAGAGGGCAAGCUGUACAAAUUUCAAAUACUACAAGUUCUAGCAGGGUUCCAAGACAACAGAGUAACCAAUCUACCAUACAAUACCCAAGAUCUUCUUUCUACGUUGGACCCACUUCAGUAUUUGACAUUAACUUAGUAAACCAUAUGAAACUGGAUAAUAUAGACCAAAUUCAACUGUCCAAAUCGGUGUCCUUACGAAAAGUUGCGCCUGAUGUCCAAUUCAUACUUCGUGCUGAUUUCAAUCAACAGCUAUAUUUGAAGCAUGAGAGAGAGAUAGAUUUAGUAGAAAGGUUGGUACAUCCACACGGAAAAAUUUUGGUUGAUAUAUUUUUCAAGUUAGUACACCCAUAUUUCCCAAUUUUGCAUGAACGGGUAUUCUUAGAAAAAUACUCAAAAUCUUACCGAGAAUUAACUGCUCCAAUUCUUGCCUCAAUAUAUUCGCUUGCAUUGCAGUGGUGGGACUUCCAUCCACAGGUUAUAGGGUUCCCUAAGCCCGAUGUUAUUGACCAACUUAAUGAAAUCGCCUUGAGGACUUUUUUUGAUGUACUAGGAAAACCGAAACUCAGCAUUGUUCAAACAGGCCUGUUAAUAUUGCAAUGUAGAAGUGAAUGUCCGAAUAACUGGGUGUUGUGCUCCGAAGUUGUUGCAAUAGCCGAGGAUCUUGGCCUUGGCAUUGAUUGCCAGGAUUGGAGAUUGCCUCGUUGGGAAAGAGGUUUAAGAAGAAGACUAGCCUGGGCUGUAUGGUAUCAAGAUAAGUGGUUAUCUAUGAUAGAAUCUAGAUAUUCUCACUUAAUUUUGGGGAGAAAUUGGUUGGUAAAAAUGUUAACUGAAGAUGACUUCCCCUCUAAAUCUCCUGUAAUUAGCUCCAGUCAACCAAAGAACAACCUGAAAAAUGAUAACAGCAGUGCCAGUCAAAUUGAUAAAAUCUCAGUGCUUGACUUAUCCCCUACCGAGGAUGAUUUCAAUAAUGGCAAGUUAUUAUUUAGACAGAUGAUAUCCCUAAGCAUUAUUCUAGGUGAACUUCUAGAUACUUUUUACACUUUAGGAGCAAUUAGCACCAUAACGCAGAUUGAACAAGUAUUGAGGCUUGCAAAGCCUCUUCAAUUGAAAUUGAGAGAGUGGUAUCAUUCUUUACCUUCAAAAUUAUCUAUGAAUAAUUUCCAGCCAAGAAGGUUUAACAGUAAUGCAUCAUUAACUUUGGCGUACUUUGCCGCCGAAAUAACUUUACACAGAAAAAUUAUUACAACAUUAAAACCUGAAGAUCCUACAGACUUGGUUAAGGUUUGCCGCACGGCGGCUAAAACCAGGUUAAUUGCUGCUAUUGAAUUUGUUCGUGACUUGAAGAUGGAGCAUACAAGUUCAUUCUGGUAUUCUUGUUCCACUGGAAACUUGACGCUAAUAAGCACAUUUGCAGGAUUGCUAUAUGUUACUGCUCGAUCUAAGGAGGAGGAAACAAUUUUCAGGGACUGCACAAGAAAUUAUUUUUGGAUUUUGAAAAUGGCAUCUAAGACAUUUGAAGGGGCUAGAAACGCUUUGGAGAAGAUUCAAAUGCUGUUGUCACAAAUCCCAGGAUUGUUAACAGAUGAAGCAUUAGGCAAACAGUUCGUUCCUCCUAGCUCACAGUCUCCAUAUGUUCAACAACAAUUCCAGCACUCGAAUUCACUACCAUCUAAUUCGAAUACUCAGAGUCCACAUGUUGAGCCAAACUCUACACCUACUUCAUAUAACAGGCCGAAAAAACUACCCACAGAAGUUCUACACACGUUAAAAAGCAUUCAACAUAAUAUGCCAAAUAUUUCUGGCGAUUAUAGAUAUACCUCCCCAGAUAACGUGGAUUUAAGUGUUUCUUCAACAGUUGAACGCUCACUUAAUGAUAGAGCUUCAAGAGCUAGUUCCAACCCAAAUACGAAUUCUAGGUCCCCAGAGAAUGGGAUUCCUAUGCAUGUUGCAGAAUUUUCAUCUCAAAAGUCUUCUUCUGCCGUAGAUCCAACACUCAGCGCUAACAAAGUUACAAACUCGCUAGAUCAUAAUAUUGAUAUCCGAAAUCAUUCUGUUAUGAGUGCUCCAAGCUCUUUCCAAAGCGAUAGUAGUGCCAGAAAGAGUUUGGAUUCUAAAAAUACUCCUGAUGGAAGUAACUCUGUCACCCAAGUGCCUUCUAUUGAAGCCAAAGGUAUCGAUGAAAGCGAUAGAAUUUCUGAUACCUCCCUUAAGUCAAAUAAAAUAGAGCGACGCGAGUCGAAGCCUGAAGAGGAUGCAGAACGUAAUACUAGCAUACCCAACACUAAAAUAGCCAAGUAA